ACAGAAGACCUUUGCUCCGGUGCUGUGGAUGUUAAGCCUUGUGUAUGGCGCGGUUAAAGUUACAACCUGUCACCUCAGCCUUCCUCCGGUUUGGGCUUUUUAUGUUUGUUCUAUUUUUACAUGGUCUACAAGUAGAUGCUGGCACAGGGACAGAGUCACCAAACAUAGGACAUAACACCUCGUGCUCUGAUUCUUCUGAGUGCAAGGAGGGUGUUAUCUUGCCAAUAUGGUACCCAGAAAACCCAUCCUUGGGGGACAAAAUUGCCAGAGUUAUUGUUUAUUUUGUGGCACUCAUAUAUAUGUUUCUUGGAGUUUCUAUCAUUGCCGACCGUUUCAUGGCUUCCAUAGAAGUCAUUACAUCCCAAGAGAAAGAGAUUACAGUCAGGAAACCCAACGGAGAAGCCAUCACCACCUCCAUCCGAAUAUGGAAUGAAACAGUGUCCAAUUUGACCCUCAUGGCUCUUGGUUCCUCUGCGCCGGAGAUCCUUUUGUCAUUGAUAGAGGUAUGCGGUCAUGGAUUCAUUGCUGGUGAGCUGGGCCCUUCUACCAUCGUGGGUAGUGCAGCUUUCAAUAUGUUUAUCAUCAUAGCCAUCUGUGUCUAUGUCAUUCCUGAUGGGGAGACGAGGAAGAUAAAACAUUUGAGAGUUUUCUUUGUCACGGCUGCUUGGAGCAUCUUUGCCUAUAUCUGGUUAUACAUGAUCCUUGCGGUCUUUUCUCCAGGUGUGGUUCAGGUAUGGGAAGGCUUGCUCACUCUGUUUUUCUUCCCUGUUUGUGUCAUCCUGGCUUGGAUUGCAGACAGAAGGAUGUUUCUCUAUAAAUAUAUGCACAAAAAGUACCGCACUGACAAACACAGGGGUAUUAUCAUUGAGACAGAAGGUGAUCACCCCAAAGGGAUUGAAAUGGAUGGUAAGAUGAUGAACUCCCAUUUUUUAGAUGGAAAUCUAGUGCCUAUGGAGGGGAAAGAGGUGGAUGAGUCUCGCAAAGAGAUGAUCCGGAUCCUCAAGGACCUGAAACAAAAGCACCCAGAAAAAGACUUAGAUCAGCUGGUAGAAAUGGCCAACUACUAUGCUUUAUCCCACCAGCAAAAAAGCAGAGCAUUCUAUCGGAUUCAAGCUACCAGGAUGAUGACUGGAGCAGGAAAUAUUCUCAAAAAGCAUGCAGCUGAGCAAGCCAAGAGGAGUACUAGCUUGCAUGAAGUACGGCCAGAGGAGCCAGAAGAAUUCAUCUCCAAAAUUUAUUUUGAUCCUUGCUCCUAUCAGUGUCUUGAGAACUGUGGUGCUGUCCUCCUAACUGUUGUCCGAAGAGGAGGUGAUGUCUCCAAGACAAUACAUGUGGAUUACAAAACAGAAGAUGGCUCUGCUAAUGCUGGGGCUGACUACGAAUUUACAGAAGGGACAGUUGUUUUGAAGUCUGGGGAGACCCAGAAAGAGUUUUCCAUAGGGAUCAUUGAUGAUGAUAUCUUUGAAGAGGAUGAGCACUUUUUCGUGCGUCUUAGCAACCUACGGGUGAUUGAUGCAGAGGAACCCCCUGAAGUCAACAAACUGCCAUAUCCCAAGGCCAUACUGGUCUCACCUUGUGUGGCUACUGUGACUAUCUUAGAUGAUGACCAUGCAGGCAUCUUCACCUUCGAGUGUGAUGUGAUACAUAUCAGUGAGAGCAUUGGGGUGAUGGAGGUGAAAGUUCUUAGAACAUCUGGUGCACGGGGUACAGUCAUAGUCCCCUUUAGAACAGUUGAAGGAACAGCAAAAGGAGGUGGAGAGGAUUUUGAAGACAGUUAUGGAGAACUGGAAUUCAAGAAUGAUGAAACUGUGAAGACCAUAAGGGUUAAAAUAGUAGAUGAGGAAGAAUACGAAAGGCAGGAGACUUUCUUCAUUGUCCUUGGUGAACCGAAAUGGAUGGAACGAGGAAUAUCAGCGCUUCUCUUGACUCAAGUUUCUGCGGUGCCGAUAAGUAAGAAUCAUUUUUCCUUCUACUAUGAUGACACAAGUGAGGUGGUAGAAAGAAAACUGACUAUGGAGGAAGAGGAAGCCAAACGUAUUGCAGAAAUGGGAAAGCCAAUACUGGGUGGACAUCCAAAACUGGAGGUCAUCAUUGAAGAGUCCUAUGAGUUCAAGAGUACAGUGGACAAGCUCAUCAAGAAGACAAACUUGGCGUUGGUUGUAGGAACUCAUUCAUGGAGAGACCAGUUCAUAGAAGCCAUCACCGUCAGUGCAGCAGGUGAGGAAGAGGAGGAUGAGUCUGGUGAGGAGCGCUUGCCCUCCUGCUUUGAUUAUGUCAUGCAUUUCCUGACUGUCUUCUGGAAAGUGCUCUUUGCCUGCGUGCCGCCGACAGAGUAUUGCAAUGGCUGGGCCUGCUUCAUUGUGUCCAUCCUGAUCAUUGGGAUGCUCACUGCCGUCAUUGGAGAUCUGGCCUCCCACUUUGGCUGCACAAUUGGCCUCAAGGAUUCUGUGACUGCCGUGGUCUUCGUGGCCUUUGGUACUUCAGUCCCAGAUACUUUUGCUAGCAAAGCAGCCGCUGUUCAAGACAUUCACGCAGAUGCUUCCAUUGGCAACGUCACAGGCAGCAACGCAGUCAACGUCUUCUUGGGCAUUGGACUGGCAUGGUCGGUAGCUGCCAUCUACUGGGCUUCUCAAGGAGAGGAGUUCCACGUGUCAGCUGGCACUCUUGCCUUCUCUGUGACACUGUUCACCAUUUUUGCUUUUGUCUGCAUCAGUGUGCUAUUGUACCGAAGACGGCCUCAUUUUGGAGGAGAACUAGGAGGCCCUAAAGGGUGCAGACUUGCCACAACUUUGCUUUUUGUGAGUCUGUGGCUAUUGUACAUUUUAUUUGCUACCCUGGAGGCCUAUUGUUACAUCAAGGGGUUCUAAGUCACGGAGAGCUUUCACGCCAGAAGGGAGGCCUUCUUCUCCUCUGAUACCUCAUUGAAGACCAGUCCUAAGAGUGUUGUCUAACCAGGAGUGGACACUCACUAUCAAUUUUCCAGAACUGCCCUGGUUAUAGGAUGACCAGGCUUCAAGAAGGGCAAAAUUAUCAUGAUAAAAAGUCAAGACAGAUAUUAAAAUAAAGCCAACAGCAUCAAUCAUUCAGUCAAAUCAGAAACAUCAGCAGUUCCUAAAUACCCAUUUGUUGAAUUCUGCUGUAAGACUCCAUGAUGUUCAUUCCUCCACUUUACAAAAUAUCAUAUAUUCAGAUAAUGAUCUUAUAAAGCAUUGGGGAUGGGAGUGUUUUUUUUUUAAUUUGGGGAGGGUGAAUCUUACCUGAUCUAUUUUCUGUUUUUAACACAAAGAAAGGGGCUGAAAAAAAUUACAGGUUCAACUUUCAUGCCACAUGCUGGAGCUGGAGUUGAAAAGGCUCUAUAUUUUUUACUCUAUAUGAACAUUUAAUUAUCAUUUUUCACUUUGUUUUAGAGUUAUAGUGCUAUUGUAUUUUAAGUGCAAACAUAACCCAUAUAGACAUGACACCAACACGUAUGGACACACAGAUGAAAACUACAGUUGAAAACUGGAGCAUGUAGCAAGUAAUACACCUUCCUGGGCUACCCCCCCCCCCCAAAAAAAAA